AUGGGCCAAUUCGACUGGUUCAAGAAAAUCGGUGCCACCGACGAGGCCGUCGCCGUCCUCAACGACCAGCCCUACCUCUUCACCACCCUCGUCGUCGUCCUCGUCGUCCUCCUCGCCCAGUCCGGCCUGCUCUGGUUCAUCCACUGGGCCACCUUCAAGCCCUCCCAGAAGAAGGCCCCCAAGAAGGGCGCCGCCACUGCCAAGCCGAGCAGCGGCGGUGGCGGCCUGCUCAGCAAAAUCACGGGGGGCAGAGGCUCUGACAAUUCUCGCCGUGCGGCUGGUGGUCUGCUUCAACUUUGAAGGCGGACAUCUGCUUCAUAAGAUACCACACAUGUACACUGGGAUGGAUACCUACAAUUUGGAUCAAUGUUACAACCUUCAGUGUCUAAUCGAAUCGAAAGAGGGGGCAGCGCCCUUUUCCACUCGACAUUUAUAUAUCCCGGGGCGUUUACAGCACAGCACUAGUUGAUUCUCACUCAUGACUUAGAAAAAAUUGACAUUUACAUUUCCAC